AUGCCGUCCCAAGAACGGGACACUUCCUCCCGUGAUCGGGAACUCGUUCGGCAUUCAGGAUCUCACGCUGAGUCUGGCCGACUUGCUGUUCCAAUGUGGGACAGUUCCGACCCCGAGCGUGCUCCUCCGCCGUUGCCCUUGAACCCACGCUCCAUGAGCCCUAACACGAAGUCCAACGUUUCGCCGAACAUCCAAGCUGUCGCGGCCAAGUUCACCGAUAAGCCGAGCGAGAAUGCUCCCAGCUCCUACACAACGAAUCCCAUGCCCUCCAAACCCUCUUCUCCCGAGCGACAGCUGGUGAAGGGUCACUAUCACAAGCGCAUGCAGUCCCUACCUGCGGGCGAGAAGAAGGGAGACGCGCGAUCUGAGUUCCUCAAUUAUCUCGAGAACCGAUCCCCCGAACGCCCUCUACGCGCAACAAUCGUCGGUCCCACCCAGAAGCAACAAGACCCUACCAAGUCUGCUGGCUCGCCUCCGAACCGUCCUGCCGAGCGGGAAUUUCCUAGCUACAUUUCAAACCGUUACCUCUCCAAACCCAUCCUGGGAGAAAACACUCCUCCAUCCGCCACCAUGCUUGCACUCCAAAAUAUGCAGCUACCCGCCGAAAAUGAUCCUCCAUCUCCCUCGAAACCUCCCAAGAUGCUCACUGCGUCAGCUCAUACGCCUGAAGCGGAACCAACCCCAAGUUGUGGCCCGACCAUGGGCUCUAUCGAAACCCAGAUCCAGAGCCUCACCGAGAUCGCCAGCAAUUUGCAACGCGAAAUGUCCAAUCUAAGCCGUCGCAGUAAGGAUAACGCCACCGACCUUGUGAGCCUCAAGGCUGCCACCAAUGCCCGAGACGAAGAUAUCAGGAAGAGCCUGAAAGAGCUGUCUUCGAGUCUUACAUCAAAAUUGUUGGAUAAUGAUGGCCUAAGGUCUGAUCUUAAAGCUUUUUUGAAGCCUCGUGAAGGCAUUAACCAAAGUGAGCUUGAUAGUUCUCCCAAUUCAAAGAGAAGCUACUCCGUGCCGCGGAUGCCGAGCCCUAAUCCGUUUGGCGGCUACGAUCGAGAUUUUUGUGGUUCGCCUGCGCCUAUCUCCGACGGUUCUGCCAGCAUCGCUCUACUCGAAAAGGUACUUCGUGAAAUGGCCACUAAGGAAGGUGAGGAGAGGCUUUUGGAGCUUGUCGAUGAAAUCAAGACCCGACCAGCCGCAACAGCUUCCGACAGGGACGCUGAUCAAAAGAUCACCAACAUGCUUGAAGAAAUCUUGAACAUCGUCAAGGAGGAUCCCUCGAGCAGGGCUCUCGUGCGGUCCAUGCAGGCUCUCAACAACGUGCCAGCGGGCAACCCCAACGCUGAAGGUAGUCGAUCUUUGUUCGCCGGCUCGAUUAAUCAGACUGCCACCGUUCAGGCAUUGAAUUUGUCGAAAGGCGACAAUGCCGAUCAGCCUUUGUCUGCCGAUGAGGACAUGAUGGCCAUUUUGAAAAGCGUCAAGAACAGUGUCAUCGAAGGAGGUGGUAUGACUAACGGCGUCAAAUCCUUGGUUCGCGAGUUGCGCGGGGAGGUUUUGGGUAUGGGACGGGACCUUGCCAGGAAACUGGAGGGAAUCGAAUCGACUCGAGCUAUUGAGGGCCAGGAGAAGCCCGACCCUCCCACCGCCGAAGAGAUCUCGUCUAUUGUCAAUGAAAGUCUCAAGACGCUCGAGGAGCAGCUGGCUGCUACCAUCGAAGAAAGUCGUCAACACUCCUCUGCGCUUUCCGAUUUCCAAUCUACCAUGAGCCUCGCCUCGAUUUAUUCAGUUGUCAAGAGAGCUCUCGACGAGCUUGAGCUGCCCCAGCCUCAGGAUGAGCCCCGAGGUAAUGGCAUGGAGAAGGAGGACAUUCUGGAAACGGUGCGCGAAGCUUGGGAAACCUACAAGCCCGAGAUUGAGCUUCAGAACUUCGGCCUUGAGCGUGAUGAGAUCCUGGAUUGCCUGUCCGAAGGCCUGAAGGAUUACCAACCUCGGCAUCAGGAAUCUGUGACCUACGACCAGGUUCUUCAAGCUGUCCAGACCGGCAUGCAAAACUUCACUCCUCCGCCUGUGGAGCAACCUCCCACUAUCACCAGGGAUGAAAUAAUCCUUACUAUCCGCGAAUGCCUUGAAAAGCCCGAGCCGACCUCCCGAGGACUAGACGAGGACCAUGCCAACCAGCUCAACUCCAUGAAAGAGGAGAUCCUGAGUGCGAUUGCCUCGCAUGCUGCUGAAAAGCCUACUUCUCGUGGAUUUGAUGAGGAUCAAUACAACUAUUUCAACUCGAUCAAGGACGAAAUCCUCCACGCCUUUGCCAUGCAUGCAGCCGAGAAGCCUGCUGCCCGCAGUCUUGACGAGGAACACAUCAACCAUUUCAACUCCAUCAAAGAUGAAAUCCUCCACGCCGUUGCUAUGCAUGCCGCCGAAAGCUCUGCUCCUCGCGGAUUGGAUGAAGAUCAUGUCAAUCAUUCCAACUCGGUGAAGGAGGAAAUCCUUGGUGCCAUCGCAAUGCACGCAGCUGAUAAGCCUGCUUCCGAAGGCCUGAACGAGGAUCAUCUCAAUCAUCUCAACAACAUCCGCGAUGAAAUUCUCAACGCUUUCGCCAACCACACAGCCGAAAAGUCCACCUCUCGAGGCGUCAAUGAGGAGCACAUGGAACAUCUGGAUAACCUCCGCGAUGAGAUCCUCAAUGCCUUGACUGGAUCAAUGGCCACCCAGAGCAUGAUUAGCAAAGAGUCAUUUGAUUCUGGACUUGGGCGAGAUGAAAUCGUGAGCGCAGUGUCUGACGGUCUCGAGGCCCACUUUACUGCGGCGAAGGAUUUGGAGGAGCCGCGCAUCUCUAGGGGAGAUGUGAUCAAUGCUGUGAACGAUGCUUUCGACGCACAGCAAUCGGCCCUCAGUUCCGCCGUCCAGCAGCCAAGUAUUUCUCGCGAAGAAAUCAUGAGUGCUAUUGCCGAUGGAAUCGAGCUUUCACGUAAGGACCACGACACUACUGUUGCCAACAUUUCGCCGUCACUAUCACGUGAAGAGAUCUUGGAGGCAAUUGCUGAGGGCCUUCACAACUCUAGUGAAGCCGACAAGUCAGCCCUCAGCACCAAUGUCUCGCCGGGCAUCACUCGCGAAGAUGUCUUCAAUGCUGUCCUCGAGGGCAUGGAGAACUCUAAUACCAUGACCCGAGAGAUCGAGUUGAACAAGGACGACCUGAUGGAAGCGAUUACUGCUGGUCUGCAUGAAGUCAACACAUCUGCGAACUUGAACGCCGGCGAUCAAGUGAUGGACCGACUUCAGGACGUGGUUGACGGCAUGAAGGAGGAGUUCAAGCAGUACUCUGCAGCGAACGGCAAAGACACUGAGCAAGUCCUGGACGCAAUCAAGGAUGGACUCGAUGUUGUUCGAAAUGAGAUUGGGACCUACGUUGCUGCUGCCCAAGACGAUGCCGGUAAGCAUGAGAUCAUUGACACCGUCAAGGAGGGCUUCCGUCUUCUUCAAGCCGACAUGGAGAAGACCAUCACCGAUACUUCUUUGUCUAAUGCGCCCCGCGGCAACCCUGACACUCCAGAGCUAUUGGACGCCAUGGAAAAGGAGUUCGAACACCUGCGCAGUACAAUUGUCAACAUGGUCGUUCGUGAUACCACGGCUGGUGACAAGGACGAGAUCCUAGAUGCGAUUCGCGAGGUCUCGGAGCAACAGAAGUCCAAGGGUGGUGAUGAUCAAGUGGUCAACAGUAUUCGCGAGGAGUUUGAGAAUCUUCGUGAGCGUAUGGACAGCAGUCUUGUCCACGCAGAGUCUACUUCUGACAAGGAGGAGAUCAUCGCCGCCGUCCGGGAGCACCUUGACGUUAUCCGUGAAGAAGCUUUGAACAAGAAGGACGGUGGUGAAAGCACGAUGUCUGCGACUAGCGAGCUCCUCGAUGCAUUCAAUGACGGCAUUGACACCAUCAAGGAUGAUCUCAAGAAGCUCUUGGAAAAGCCUGCCGAACUCGAUACCUCCGAAGUCUUGGACACCAUCAAAGAUGGCCUUGCCGAUCUCAAGGUGGACAUUGACUCUCUGCGUCAGUCUCAAAAGGAGCAGAAGGAAGCCGAUCAUGCCAGCACCACCCGGGGCGGAGAACUUAUGCUCGCUGAUUCACCCAACCAGGGCACUGAUAUUGAAGGUCUGAAGACUCUCAUUACGGAGCUUCAAGGUAAGGUUGAGUCUAUCGACUCCACACCACGCGCUCCUGAGCCUGCCGAGGAUGCACUCAAGAAAUGUCACAUUGAUGAAGUCCUUGUUGCUCUUCAAGAGGUUCAGGUUGUCAUUGCCGAUAUGAGCGCUAGCCGCGAAGCUCAGGAAGGACAGGUCAAGAAGGAAGACAUUGAGGGCAUUGAGCAUCUCAUUAUGGACACGAAGACGCAGCUCGACGAGAUUAGCUUCCCUGCCCCCGACCAAAUCGCCACUUCCGAGCACAUUGGCACACUUGAGACUAUGAUCCGCGAGUCCAAGGAUGCCCUUGCCGAAUUGUCUACUCGCAUGGAGUCUGAGGCUCCUACCAAGUCCGACAUGGGCACCCUGGAGGGCCUGAUCAAGGAUGUCUGGAUUGCUUUGGACGAGCUUAAGGGCAAGACCAAAGAGGACGAAGAGAAGGACGAGAGCGAAAACGCCGAUUCCGACAAACUCCUCAAGUCCGACCUCCAGACUGUCGAGGCUAUGGUUUUCGAAGUCAAGUCCCAGAUCGACGAGCUGAAGAUUCCCGACCCAGAGACUCUUCCUACCAAGGAAGAGCUCCAGGGUCUGCAGUCCCUUGUCACUGACUUCCGCGAGAAGGUGGAAGCCAACAAUGACCUGACUGCCCAAGGUUUUGAUGCCCGUAAGACUGAGCACGCUGGUUUGGCCGAGAAAAUUGACGAAGCCAAAUACGUCGUCGGGGAGCUCGGUGACGAAUUGAAGAGCAAACUUGAUGGAAGCAGUGAAGGUCUUACUGAGCUCAAGCAGCUUCUCGAAGGCCUUGCCAUUUCGGCCGAGAACUUCAGCACUGUCGAAAGCAUCAAGGAGCUUACGGAUCUGAUCAACCGGGAGUUCGAACGUGCCCAUGGUGUGGAGGAGGCGAUUAAACUUGAUAAGGAAGAGCGAGAUGCCGCCGCCAUGGUUAAGCACGAUGAGACUCGAGCUGCUAUCAUCGUGGAGCUUGGCUCCAAGCUCGACGAGAAGAUUGGCGAGGUAAUGGCCAAGUACGACGAGGCUCACAAUUCUCUCCACUUCAAGUUUUCCGAGACUGAAGAGCGUGACCUGGCCCAUGCCGAAGCCGUGACCAGCACGAAGUCCCUCGCGGAAGAUAUCAGAUUGGUUAUUGGUGCUAUGGGCGACAAUGUCACCCAGACUUGUGAGCGUAUUGGCGAAGACACCAAGGCUCUCUUUGGCAAGGUCGACGAGUCUUACACCCGUAUGGAGGAGAUGCACAACGAAGUCAAGUCGCACCAGGAGCAGUCGCGGACCGAAAACGAGAGAGCCGUUACUGCUACCGAGCGUGUUGAAAGCAAGCUUCUCGAAUUCCACCCUCUAAUUCUCGAGACUGUUCAGGAGAUCUUGACUGUUGUGAGCCAACACUACGACCACUCUCAAAAGUCCGCCGAGGAUUUCAGGACGGAGCUUUCUGCUUUGCCAAAUACUAUCCCAACCAUGCUUCCUGCCUUGCCUCCUCCGGAAUCCACCCGUGAUCUGGAGAAUGAUCCCGUUCAUGGUAAGCUGAACGACAUUCUCGAACAUGCCAAGAACAGCAAGGUGCACGACGUCCUCAAUACGCUUUUGGAGCACUCUCAGAACAAUCAACUCCAUGAGAAGCUCGACCGGGCUCUCGACCAAAGUGCCGGCCCCAAGGACGAGAUCUACGAAAAACUGGAUCGACUUCUGGACCAUGCUGCCAACGACAAUGGCUCGCUACACGAGAAGUUGGAUGCUCUACUUAGCCGACCCGCGUCCAAUACCGACGAGCAGUCUGUUACUCAAAUGAUGAAGCUUGACGAGAUGCGCAAGGACAUCAUGGAGAACACCCGCAAGAUGAACGAGAUGUUCGCCGCCCAGUCUGCACUCGUUGCCGAAGAUACCGAACGGAAGCGGCGUGAGGCUGAGGAUGCCGCAAUUGCCCUUGAGCGACGAGUGGCCCAGCGUGAGCAAGUCGAAGCCGAAAUCGUCGGCCUACAUGAGGAGAAGGACUCGCUACUCAAGAUGAUCCAAACCCUGCAGACGGAGAAGGAAGACCUGGCUAAGCAGAACACGAAGCUGAGCAAGGAAGUUUCUGGUCUUGAAACUGCUCUUGAGAUUCGUCACGAAGAGAUCCAGCAGAUAGAGGAGCGUGCCGAAACCCUUGAGAAGCGUAUUCUGGAGGGUGUUCUGGACCACGCCCGCAGUGUUUUGCUCAGCCGUUCCACUGGCACCCAGGCCAUGAACCUCAAGCGAAACCGCAGCGCCCGCAGCUCUCGCACCGGAGCACGCAGUCCUAGUAUGACUAGCGUCGCCAGCACAGCUAAAGAGUCUAAGGACGCUCGCAGCCUUCUCGGAAACGGAGUCGGCAUGGCCCUGAAGCGCGGUAUGUCCAAUAAGCUGAAUGCUGGAACCGCGCCUGUUCAGCCCAACAUUGGCAAGGAACGCCGCAUCCUCAGCUUGAGUCAUGUUACUGGCAAUCGGGGGAUGGACCGCCAAGCUAGUGGCAAUAAUGGUCUCACCAACCUGAAGCGCAGUCACUCUGUCAAGUCCAACUUUUCUCUACGCAAGUCUUCUUGGGCCGGUCGAAUCUCUGUCGCAGACAAGGAGAACGAACCCUUCCGCGAGGAGGAUGAGCACGGCAGCGAGCACGAAAGUGACGCUGGAACUGAGCGUCGAACCAGCUAUGUGGGUACGGAGCGCAAGUCUAGCUACGCUGGUACCGUUACCGACAGUAUUGUGACCGGUGUUACUGAGAGUGUGGCCUCGACUGAUCGUCGAACCAGCGGUAUGAGUACCGAGGAUGGCCACACCGAGGAUGGUCACACUGAGGUUGCUGCGAGCUCAAUUGCUUGUGGUGACCUUGAUGAGGUGGAUGAGGAGCAUGAUCAAUCCGACAGAGCCUCUGAGUCUGGCGCCGACUCGGAUGAUGCUCAGACUGCCCUCGGGGACGAUGACGAAGAAUCGAACAUCGACCACAAGGAAGCAGAGGAUGUUGAUGAUGAUGAGAUGCAAGACGCCGUGGACAAGCACGUUUCAGUGACUGCUUCUGAGAUGGAGGCGCAAGUUUUGAAAAUGCUGGAGCCACCCACCGACAGUGGCCUGGGCACGGAGACUACAGUCUCCACUUGA